AUGGCUGAAGUCACCAUCGACCAGUCUAAGCUGCCGGGAGUCAAGGAAGUGUGCCGAGAUUUUGCUGUCCUGGAGGACCACACCUUGGCCCACAGCCUGCAGGAACAAGAGAUUGAGCAUCAUUUGGCAUCGAAUGUUCAACGGAACCGUUUGGUCCAGCAUGAUCUGCAGGUGGCUAAGCAGCUUCAAGAGGAAGAUCUGAAAGCCCAGGCUCAGCUGCAGAAGCGCUAUAAAGACCUCGAACAGCAAGACUGUGAAAUUGCUCAGGAGAUUCAGGAGAAGCUGGCUAUUGAGGCAGAGAGACGACGCAUCCAGGAGAAGAAGGAUGAGGACAUUGCUCGACUCUUGCAAGAAAAGGAGUUACAGGAAGAGAAAAAGCGAAAGAAACACUUUCCAGAGUCUUCUGGAGUCAGUGCUUAUGGUGAUAGUUACUAUUAUGAAGAUGGAGACCAGCCUCGGUCAAGGAGGGCAAGGGAGUUGGGUUCUGGAAGCUCACGGCCUUGUAGACUCCAACAUGAGGAAAAGACUGUGAAGCACCGGAGGGAGAGGUCCAGACAUCCACAGGAGAACUUGACAGAACCGGAAGAGCACUGUUCGUCAGAGAAACCUCUGUCAUCUUCUAGCUCGGGUCAAGUGAGGGACGAUCCCCAAGUUAACACUGAGCCUGAAAGAAAACGCUGUGGCCACGAGAGGCUCCGGAGACCUCCCCUCCCCAAGAUCAGCGGUGAGGUGCUUCUGAGCACCGAAUCGGAUGACUGGGAGGCUCGCUCUAGCCAUCGAACUCGGAACUGGGAAAAACAGUUCAGACAGCAAGACCAGCUCUCUCCCAAAACCUCACGGAAAGCGGGUCUUCCCUGCAAGGAAGCCAUUUAUAGGAGGGAUCAUGGGCAAGGUGAGCACAGAGAGAGGAAACGCAGGCCCCGGACUCCUCCCUUCUCAGAGAGUGAGGAGCAGCUCCAGCUCCACGACACAGGAAUGAAGCCCAGAGUGAUGAAAGAAGCAGUUUCUACUCCAUCACGAGUGACCCACAGAGAUCAGGAAUGGUAUGAUGCUGAAAUUGCCAGAAAACUUCAAGAAGAAGAAAUCUUGGCUACCCAGGUGGACAUGAGAGCAGCUCAGGUUGCCCAAGAUGAGGAAAUCGCUAGACUUCUAAUGGCUGAAGAAAAGAAAGCUUACAAGAAAGCCAGGGAGAGGGAGAAAUCAUCUUUGGACAAAAGAAAGCAUGACCCUGAAUGGAAGCCCAAAACAGCUAAAUCAGCACACUCAAAGUCAAAAGAGAGUGAUGAACCUCACCGUUCUAAGAACGACAGACCUGCACGGCCACCACCACCUGCCAUGACAGAUGCUGAGGGUUUGGAUUACACUCCUUCUGGAAACCAGCAUAACUCCACACGUCACUGCUCAAAGUCAGAGUCUUCUCAUAAAGGUUUCCAUUAUAAACCGUAA